CGCAAACCAAAACAUCACAGCCAACCUCACGAUGCCAUCCGAAGACAGCAAGCAAGACAAGCAGACGAGCGCCGCGCAAGCUAAGCAGGUUAUCGAUGUCUUCCAAGAGAUCUCGACUUUACUGAAUGCGGAUCUGGAUCGGCAGACGUUGUCUAUUUGCAUAUCGUUGAUUGAGAAUGGGGUUAAUCCGGAGGCUUUAGCGGCUGUGAUUAUGGAGUUGAGGAAGGAUGCGGAGGCGACGAAGAGGAGAUUGGAGGCUGGGGGUCAAUGAGUUGAGGGAGUGGGUUGGAUGAUAACGACGAAGAUGCGAUUGAUAUCCUGGUAUGGUGGAAGAUAACCACGGCGUUAAAGGUUGCUCUGGCAUUGGUAUAGCGGAGCUAGGCAUGCUUCACUUUACGGUGACAUCUUGUUACUUAGUCCUGGGCAUACCGCCUGGACAAUGGGCAGGUUGCUUAGCGGUGUGACAUACGCAAAAGCAACUCAAGCACUGCAUCAAAUUUGAGUACUGAACCAAGUUCAAGUACUGCAGCCACGCUGGACUAGAUGUAGAGAAAACCGUAAAUCCAUGUUCAUAAAAGUGAUCAUCCG